UUCCAAUGGCAUGGAAUAAAAUUGUCACCCUUAUCACCAUCCUUGUGGUUCUUCUUCCUACGAUCGCCAUGGCGAAAGAAUUCGUCGUCGGAGAUGACAGCGGCUGGAAAACUAAUUUUGACUACGAAGCUUGGGCCAAAGACAAAGUAUUUCGUGUUGGUGAUACACUAGUGUUCAAUUACAAGGCUCCUAAUCACAACGUGUUCAAGGUGAACGGAACUGGGUUCAAGGAAUGCAUUAAGCCAACAGAAAACGAAGCUCCACUUUCCAGUGGAAAUGACAAAAUAGACCUAAAGAUCUCUGGAAAUAAAUGGUACAUUUGUUCUGUUAAAGAUCAUUGUGAGUUGGGCAUGAAGCUCUUCAUUACCGUCUCCGAUGAGUCGUCUGCUGUUCGUGGCAUCACAUUAUCUGGUUCAUAUCAAGCUUUCAUGGCCGUCAUCAUGGCAAUCACAGCAAUUGCAGCGUUAUCCACAUAAUACAAUCAAUAAUUAAUUAAACACCCAUAUUUUAUAGAGAUGUGCGUUACUUCAGUCCGCUUGCAUCCGAGUUCAAUUUACAUUAGAGUAAUUUACAAUAUUACUUUGCAAAAACCAAAAAAGAACACCGUACAUUUUAUGGUUUCUGAAUUUUACGUUCAAUAACUAGA